CGGUUUCCAAAAGUUAAGAAACAAUUGAACGCAGCCUAACCUUCUUCGGUGUGAGCAUGCGCUGUGGAUGAAACGCUUACUGAAUACCCGGAAAAACAAAUCAAAAUAAUCGGCAAGUAUCCCAGUGAUGUUAAUUCAUUGACAAUACGUAACUGCAGGUGAAAUCUGCAAAGCGUUUGCAUAAUGAUAGGGUUUGUGAUUUCGUUUAUUUUUGUACUAGUGGCAAUACUAAUACUGCAACAAGACUGGGUCCACAUCGCCAUCAAUACAACUUCAUCGACGGUCCCACCUCCGCGGCUCAUAACUAAAGACGAGUUAUCACUGUACAAUGGAGACGAGAACAGCAGGGGCCUUUACCUGGCUAUUCUAGGACAGGUGUUUGAUGUAGAAAAGGGCAUGAAGCACUAUGGACCUGGCGGUGGUUAUCAUUUCUUUGCAGGUAAAGAUGCAACUCUGGCCUUUGUAACUGGGGACUUCACAGACCCUGGCCUGACUGAUGACGUGUCUGGACUGUCCCCUGCACAGGUUGUGGCCCUGUAUGACUGGCUCGCCUUCUAUCACAAGGAUUACAGGCCUGUGGGCAGACUAGUGGGUCGGUUCUACGGUGAGAGUGGUGAGCCCACUGAGGCCCUGCUGAAGGUGGAGGCAGUUCUGGAGGAAGGCAAGAGGCUGAAAGACCAAGCCAAAGCUGAGAACCAGAAUCUCCCAGCCUGCAACUCAGAGUGGAGCUCCGCCAGGAACGGCCGGGUCUGGUGCUCCACCAAGAGUGGGGGAGUGCAGAGAGACUGGGCCGGUGUACCGAGGAAGCUCUUCUCCCCUGGAUCAGGCCGCUCUCGCUGCGUCUGUGUCCAGAACUCCUCCAGAUUGGAAAAUGUCAACAUCAGGGAGUACGAGGGCUGCCCUCCUUAUGCAGAGUCGUGUCCGGUCACAGAGUAGAAGGCUUAGGGUUCAGAUGAGUAAAAAGGCCGGUCUUCAAAGGCUGGGCCCCUCACACAAGCACUGAACUCAAUAUACUUUUAAAGUCAAGGACUUUCCUGGGGCCGUGGAAUGGUCACUGUUUUGUUGUGAGCUCAUUUGUGAUUGUUGGCUGGUGAAUGUGUUCUCCAAGAUACGUUUCUGGCAAGAAGUUCCUGGUUGAGGCAGCAGUGUGUGAUGAAGAAGUGAUUGCCAGGAAAUGUUCAUGGGAGGAUGUGUCUCUAUCUUCCACCCAGCUGAGUGUGCUGGUGGUUGCUACCAUGAGGCAAGACCAUAAACAUGAAUUGGAAUUCACAGA